AUGUUAAACGCAGCAGAACGCUUGGCAACUCUCGCGGCUGGGACUGCUUGCCCGCCUGCGCCGAACGUGGCCGUGGCACAGACAGUUGGCCUUGGGGAAAACACACUAAGCAGCUUCUUUGGCGAGUUGGAUCCUGACUUGGAACUUGUGCGUUCCACACUGGUAAAGCUUGGCUAUGACAUGAGCCAAGAAGAUGUGAACCCGGUGUUGCUUGACAUACAAGCCUUGGGCACGGACGAGUUCUUCAGUGGCCUUCCUGGGGACACAACAUUGAGGGCUAAAGCAGCUUUCAAGAGAUUCUUGAAUAUGUCCUCGCCGUUCACCUCUCAAGAAGCUUCCCAGUCCACGGAGUCGGAUUUGCUUUUGAAGACGGCGCUGCGAGUUGCUGGAAUGUCAGAUCCGGUUGCUGAAGAAGCCGAGCGACUGAAACAUAAGCAAACCGUGGGUGAGCUUGCCCAACGCCUCGAACUCGGCAUGUUUGCUCCGUCCUUGCUUCCAGAUGCGGAUUUGCUCAGAAAAGUCUCUUCGGCUGCUCAAGUCGGGCACUUCCCACAACCUGACCGCAAACAGCUGUUAGAUCAUGAAGGUCCACGGGCCUUUGCCAAGCAGCUUUGGCAAAUUCUUCGGUCCGGCAUCGCUCUCCUCUUGAUGCAGCGUAUGUCCCCGGCAGCGUUGUUCAGCGAGUUGGGCUUGGCGCUUCAAAUUGCCAGUGAAACUCCAGGCGAUGACAAGCAGGCGGAGAAAUUGGCGGUGCUGUACAGCAUCAAGAUUCGGGAGCUCCGUCACGGAUCCUCUUUGAAUGUUCCCUUGAACCCAGAUGUGGACACGAAGCCGUUUGAGGAGGCUAUGCAGGUUUUCCUGCGCCGCGACCCCGGCGUCUUUUCGGAAGCCAAGGAUUCUGUUUGUCUUGAGGCGGCUCCUUCGAUUGGGCACCGGUUGAAGAGCGACGCCAAGACCAGGUUCAAAGGUGCCUUCCGGCGACACUUGGUCGCCACAGUUUUGAUGGGGCUCUCGGCGAAGCAGAGGACCCAGCCACUUUACAGUCUGGCAGCAGCAAAGAAGUUCAGCAAAGCUUGCUCACGGCAUUUUCUUCGGACGCACGGCUUCCGCCCGCCAGUUCUCUCACUCCGCGUAUCCUCGGCAUCAUGUCCCGUGCACAAAGGGUUUUGUCAAGGUGAUUUUCUGGAUGAGAGGAUCCUGGCGGACAAGUCUCGCUACAUGUCCUCCUGGGAAGAUUUCGUUUCCGAGGUUAUUCAAUUCAGCAGCCCCCUGCGCCAACCUUUCCGAGACUUGUCCAGCACUGUGACUGCAGGGAUUUGGCAAAGGGCUACGCUGUCCGCCGCAGAAAUUGCGGCAUACCGGACGGAGCAGAUGGCGCGUAUUCGUCGCGUUGUGGCGGCGGGUGGUCCUUCAACACAGCCUCGUUGGGGAGUGUUACAGCGUUUGGCAGAAGUGGCAGGCCAUCCAGAUAAGGCUUUGGCCGAAGAUGCGCAGCAGCCAGAUGGAUUCCGCUUGUUGGGACGACUGCCAGCAGUGCCACAAUGGCCACAACGCCCGGAACCUCUUGCUUGGGAUGAUGCAGCUCAUGUUCGAGAUCUCCAGCGUCUCUUGGACAAGCAUGCUGUUAAGCAGAAGGAUGGUCGCUUCAAGGUGCCUGGCAGCCACUCCGCGGAGCUUCACAGGCUACUCGAGGAGGAGACCGCCAAAGGCUUUUGGACGUCCUACUCGUGGUCAGAGGCGCGUCAAGAGUUGGGAGACUUUGCUUGUUGGUUGUACUUCGGGGUUCAAGAACCAUCUAAGCUUAGGGGUUGCUUGGAUCCGGAAGAAGCCAAUGGUCCAUCGAUGGUCCUGCUGCCGAACCAAGUUCUCAUGGCUGGUUUGGAUGGCUACCUCUCGCUUUGCCAAACAGUGGCUGCCGCCUUCAAAAAGAAAGGGCAGUUUCCAGCUCUGCGGGGCUUUGCCGAAGAUUACGAGCACGGAUUCCGGCAGCUUCCUCUGUCCUCUUUGGAUAGAAAGCUCUUUUGCGCAACGGCCCAGGACAAGGAGGGGAACAUCAGAAUUUAUGUGCCCCGAAAGCUUUUGUUUGGACCGCGAGGAUCCCCGCAUGUUUUCUGCCGAGUCACGGAUGCCGUGUCAGCCAUAGCUGCGGUUCUCUUGCUGAUCCCCAACGUUCCUCACGUGGACGAUUUGGUGGGCGUGGACACUCAGGAUGCAAUAGUGUCGGCGCGAGAGGCCUUUGUCGAGCUGCACGAGCUUCUGAAUUUCAGGCUCAAGGCCACCAAGGCUAGACCGCCUCGCGAUGCAGCGGGAAGUGCUUCAACGUUUGUGGCGCUGGGAGCUCUCCUCAGCUUUGACACCACGGAACACCAGCGGAAGCUAGGCUUGGUUUGCACCGUGGACAUGCCGCAGCAGAAAGUAAAGAAGUACUCGGACGUCAUCACGUCUACAUUGGCGCAGCGUCACUUAUCGGCUGCCGUGGCUGGGAAAUGUGUGGGCCAGUGGGACCAUUGUUCGGCUCUGGCCCUCGGCAAGUCAGGUCGUGCCUUUACGUGGCACGCUGGCUCGAAGUCUCGAAGGGCGGCCCUCAUCUUUGUGGAUGCUGCAGGGAGAGCCAACAGCUACAGACUCGGAGGAGUGGCUUGGGGAGCUGGUUGGUUCUGCUUUUUCUCUCAAGAGAUACGACCAGAGGACUCUAACCUGUUGCCUUGGCUGUCGGGUCACUGCAUAAAUGAGGCCGAGGCCUUAGCAGCUGUGGUGGCAUUGCUCACCUGGUCGGACCGGCUGGAAAACGUGGAUGUCUUCAUCUUCAUAGACAACGUGGCUGCGGAAGGUGUCUUGGUCAAGGCGUACAGUUCGUCGCCGCACCUUACAGUCCUAGCAGGGCUGUUCUGGCAGGCAGUCAGGCGGGUCAAAUGCUCAGCAUGGGUGGGGCGCGUUCCUUCGGAACUCAACAUAGCUGAUGGUCCCAGCCGAAAGCAUCAUGCAAUCUUGGAGCAGCUCCACGCUUCACAAGUCGCAGCAGUUCUGCCUCCGGCUUUCACUGCUAAUUUCUUCUUGGAAUUCUUACAGAGUUCCUGGGUCCAAGCAGAUGCCUCUGUCAGCCACGCGGCUCCGGGACCGCGUCCCGUGCAACCUUGCGCAACUGGUGCAGCAACCGCUGCGGGCCAUGGCCGCCUACAGGCAAGCGUAGCAGAUGGUUCUCCUCCGCUGGCGUCAUCCGACCACGCGGUCCGUCAGGUUCCUUCAAGGGACUGGGCUUCUCAAGCAAGUCGCAAGCGUCGCCACCAGGGCCAACGCUGA